CCCAAAAUAUCCCCCACACGGUGGGUAACGUUAAGCAACCAUAUUGUAUAAGUCAACCACGACGCCUGCUCUUCCCAAAGCUGCAGUUCCGUUCCACCGUUCAGACACAAAAACAACAUCAUUCUAGUAGCCGUUUGCAGCUAUGGAUAACAAUCAACUACACGUCCUCUUCCUUCCUUACUUUGCCACUGGUCAUAUCAUCCCAUUAGUUAACACUGCCAGGCUAUUCGCCUAUCACGGUGUCCAUGUCACCAUCCUCACUACCCACCACAACGCCAUCCUAUUCCAAUCUUCCAUUGACAAUAUCUGUAUCGAGACUCUUAGGUUCCCUUCCACUGAAGUUGGCUUGCCUGAAGGAAUCGAGAACUACAGUACUGUCUCUUCACCUGAAAUGUCUGCCAAAGUAUUUUAUGCCAUUUUUCUUCUUCAAAAACCAAUGGAAGACAAAAUUCGUGAAAUCCGUCCUGAUUGUAUCUUUUCUGAUAUGUACUUCCCUUGGACUGUCGAUAUUGCUCAAGAACUCAAGAUCCCAAGGCUCUUGUUCAACCAGUCCAGCUAUAUGUACAACUCCAUUCUACACAAUCUUAAGCUUUACAAACCUCACAAGCAAAUUAGUAGUAGUAGUACUAAUUUCUUAGUUCCUGGUUUACCAGAUAAGAUGGAGUUCAAGCUAUCUCAACUUACAGAGGAUCUAAGAAAGCCUGAGGAUGAGAGGAAUCUUUAUGAUGAAUUGGUCGAUCAAGUCCGAGAUUCUGAAGAACGAAGCUAUGGCAUGGUUCACGACACUUUUUACGAGCUAGAACCUGCCUACGCUGACUACUAUCAAAAGACAAAGAAAAUGGCCAAAUGUUGGCAUAUUGGUCCCAUCUCUCAUUUUGCUUCCAAAUUAAUCCGAAGAAAAGAACUAAUUAAUGACGCUGAUGAAAAUAACUCAUGUGCUGUUGUAGAUUGGUUGAAUGAGCAGAGGCAUAAAUCGGUACUCUAUGUCUCUUUCGGGAGCACGGUUAGAUUUCCAGACGUUCAACUCACUGAAAUCGCGAAAGCUCUAGAGGGUUCGAGUGUUCCUUUCAUUUGGGUAGUGAGGAAGGACCAAUCAGCACAAACCACGUGGUUGCCGGAUGGUUUUGAUGGAAGGAAAAAGGGUUUGAUUAUUAGAGGGUGGGUGCCGCAGCUGACCAUCUUGGAACAUUCAGCCAUUAGGGGAUUCAUGACUCACUGUGGUUGGAAUUCAGUACUCGAAGCCAUUGUGGCAGGCGUGCCAUUGCUGACAUGGCCAGUGUUUGCAGACCAAUUCUACAACGAGAAGCUCGUGGAGGUUGUGGGGUUGGGAGUCAAAGUUGGGGCGGAAGUAUGUAACCUGCAAGGUACUGCAAUCUUGAGUCCUGUAAUCGGGAGUGAGAAGAUUAAAAAAGCAAUAGAGCAAUUAAUGAGCGAUUCAGAGGAAAGUCAGAAAAUCAGGGAGAAAGCAAUGGAUAUGAGUAAGAUGGCUAAAAAUGCAACUGAAGAAGGUGGUUCUUCAUGGAACAAUCUCACGGUGCUCAUUGACGAUAUCAAGAAUUUUGCUUCUUCCUCAUCGACUUAACAGAUUUAAUAGUAUUGCAGUAGAAGAAGGUAAUUGCUGGUUCCUCUUAAUUUUAGUCUUUUUCAUGGAUUUUUCAGGCUAAGAUUGUCGAUCACUUUGUUGUUACAUUAAAACCUGAAGAAGUUGUUUAAGCAUUACCUCAGAAUGAAUGAAAGUUAUUAUUGUGCUUGUCAA